CUUGGGAUCAUACAAUCUUUUAUUCCACCUUUUCUUGAUGUCCAUGAUGAACUAAUAUAUAUAUAUUCCCUCCUCCUCAAUCCUUUUAAUUCCAUCAUGAAGUCACUGGCUCCCCACAACCUAACCAUUCUCUGGUCCCUCGCUCCUUUCCUCACCACCGCAGUUGCUUUCACUCCUUCAGACGACUCAGACCUGGUUUCCUAUGUGACAUUACCCAACCACCGCACCAUAAAAUGGAACAUCACCCACUAUGAUCCCCAAUCACGAGCCCCCGGGUACUGGUUCGUAGCCCCCUACUGGGUAACCGCCGGUGAACCAUAUACCACCCGGUGGAUGCCCUAUCAGAUCGGGCCUCAGAUUUUCGAUCAAGAUGCUGAAUUGGUCUGGACCGGAACCGAAUUUACAGAUAACCAGAACGCAUUCGAUCUACGUGUCGUUGAGAACUCUGAUAAACCACUACUCUCGUUAAUUAUCCAGACAGGUAUCGGACUCGAUCUGGAGAACGCCAAUGGGACGGUUCUGAAUAAUAAUUACGAAGUGGUCGGGAGUAUACCCGUCAACGACAAGCAUGAGUUUUAUGUGUACGCGCCCGGAAAAGCCCUGACUAUUUAUCAUCGGCAAAAGGUGGUCGAUCUCGCGGAGAUAGGCCUCCCGGGUGUGUCCAGGCUGGUUAAGUUCCAGGGGUUCCGAGAUGUUGAUUACAUGACUGCAGAGGUGGUGUUUGAGUGGGAUUCGGAGGGGAAGAUCUCCCUGGGGGAAUCGUAUCGAUCAGUAGAAAUGGGACCGCCAGAUGAUGCGGCGGAUUAUAUCCAUGCGAAUUCGGUUGAGAAGACCACAGAUGGAGAUUAUUUGCUCUCGUGUCGGCAUACGAAUACUAUCUACUUCAUCUCAGGUCGGGAUGGGAGGAUUGUGUGGAGAUUGGGCGGGAAGAGGAAUUCCUUCGAGAAAGAUUUUAUAUUCUCGAAACAGCACGAUGCCAGGAUCAUCAGGCAGACCAGUGAACGCAUGGUGAUCUCGUUCUUGGACAACGGGGCCGAUGAGCUGUCCGACGAUGAGACCGUCUCGUCGGCCAUGAUCGUCGAACUGGAUCUGGUUGCGUAUACGGCCACGCUUUUGAACCGAUAUUUCCGUCCGGAUGGCGAGCUUACUCGUCGGCGUGGAAGUACUCAGCUUCUUCCGAACAAUAACCUCUUUGUUUCGUGGAGUGACUACGGCUAUAUCAGCGAGUUUGAUCACGACGGGAGACUCCUCAUGGAAGCACGCUUCGCCAGCGAUAGAUUCGGCAAUUAUCGAGCCUAUAAGUAUCCCUGGACGGCGCAGCCAACUGAACCACCUACCCUGGUGGCAUCAGUUCGUGGAACCGAGUUAUCCGAUCUAACGACCGAGUUCCACGUCAGCUGGAACGGAGCGACUGAGGUGAAAUCCUGGCGAUUUCGGGCUCGGGCUAAUGCAACCAGUGAGGAUGUGGAGAUAGGGAUGAUUCCGAAGAAGGGGUUUGAGAGUACGUUUGUUGCAAAGGGAUACAUGGACUGGGUUUCUGUGGAGGCUGUCGAUGGUAAGGGUGAGACGUUGGAUAUUUCGUCUGUUAUUCGUAGUGAUCCGCCGAAGUACUGGCCAGAGGGGGUUGAGAUGCCCCAGGCGGAUGAUCCAGUUGUCUUGCUGGCUCCUGGUCCUCAGGAGUUGCGGCCGGCGAAUUUACUGGUGGUUGGCAUUUUUGCUGUGAGUUUGGCUGUUGGCAGUAUAAUCUGGCUGUGUAUGGGGUUGUUCCGGUAUCGUUACCGUCGGGCCUAUUCCUGGGUAUUGGGAGGUGAGGGGGAGGGCGAGGAUUCUCUAUAA